CCCGCCGCCGCCGGAGUGAGGAGACUCCGUCCCCGCCCCGCUCCUUCCCUCAGGCCGCCCCCUCAGCGUCGAAUUCCUGCUGCGCCACAGCUCUGGGCGGCGUCCUCCCUCGCUCCCCGCCUUCCCUCGCUCGCUCUCGCUCUCUGUGCGUUUCUAGGCCCAGGCCCUCCUGGAAAGUACUCGAGGAGGCCUAGUAGAGAGGGAGGGAAGCCCAGGGCGGAGGCAGGGCCUUGUUUACUUCACGCCCUUCAACACGUUGGGAAGCAGAGUGAGACUCACGUCGGCCAGGCGGGGCCUAGGGCCCUGUCAGAAGCCACGCUCUCGCCUAAAUCACAUGCUCCCCUUCCUCCUCCACCACCCCGCCGCCGCCGCUGAGGGAUCGUACGGGAGGCGCCCCAAUGGCUUCCCGCUCGCCAAGUGUGUUUGUUUUCCUCUCAGUCGCCGACAUUAGGAGGAGGAGCAGAGAGAGACAUGGCGAGGGAGGCGUUGUAGUGGGGCCCUUUAAGGAAUGAUGAAGGGGACAUUCAGAGCAUAGCAAAAAUCAUCAUCAUCAUCAUCAUUUUUACUGGGGGUCCUCCUUAUAUUCUGGGGUUUAGCUCCAGAACCCUCCGUCCGUGGAUACCAAAAAUCAGUUCAUUCUCAAGCCUCCUUAAAUAUAAUGGCGGAGCAAAACGGAUUGCUUCAUCAUGGAAUUGUAUAGCAAAAAUAAAGGUUGGAUGAGAAGAAAUAAGGUGGAUCCCCCCCCCCCAGAAGGCUGAAAGUGUGCCAUUGCCCAAUAACCACAGUUUUGAUGAUUGUGGUCUUGGCAUGUGAAGUUAUCAGCUGACUUCAAAAUGACCCUCCUGCUUACUACAAAGUAGAAGUCAGGAAGAAUACAAUGACUGCUUUGUCACUAAAGUUCUCACCAGAUAUUCUUCUUGACCCUGCAGUUGUGCUAUGUUUAUCUGUCUUCAGAUCCAGAAUGCUGCCCACAACGGGUUCCUUGUUAACAUUCUUCCCAGGACUCUAGAAGAGGUGGGAGAGGAUGGCAAAAGCAGCAUUGGUGCCUGGCCUGACCCACAUUACCCAAGAACAAGAUGACAUGGGCACAACUGAACGGGCUCGAGCCCUCCAGUCCACACGGAAGCUGAGCAUUGCCCCAAACAUCCUGGAACUCCUGUCAAUGCCUUGCUGCUUAGAUGAACUAGAAGAUGAUUACAGUUCCUUUUUUCCGCCACGCUAACUGCUUGAAGGAACUUCGCUCGCUUCACUAGCUCUUUGGAAUCACUUCUCAUCUUGACCUCGGACCGUUUUUGACCACUCUUUGUCUCCCGCCCCUGGUAACUUCGGACUUUCGGACUGUUGACCUCGCUUUGAAUUCUCCUCUGGCUUUGACGACUUCAGAAAUGCCUGCACCUUUCAAGAAGUGCGACGUUUGCGGGGGCAAGGUGCCCGUCCAGGACCCGCACUCCUCCUGCCUGUUGUGUCUCUGCAAGGACCAUGAUGCCAAGGCUUGCCUGCUUUGCAAGUCCCUCUCGGCGCAAGCCCGGAAAAACCAUGAGUCCUGGCUCACUUCGGCCAUCGCCCUGGGCAAGGUACAGGAGGGAGGUCCCUGCUCGUCAUCUGUCCCACCUUCCGCGCCGCCCGCUUCAUCCUCCAGGGCCAGCGUGUCCAGUGUGACAUCUGUCAGGGCCAGCGUGUCCAGCGUGGUGUCUGUCCCAGCCGGGACAGUGGCUCCCACCACCUCCGAUGUGGCCCGUGGCUCGAAACUGCCCAGCGCCACCAACGAACCCUCCAAGCGCCCCCAUAAGUCAUCGGGGACUGAGGGUCUCGAGCCAAAACCAAAAUCCGGAAGGAAACCGGACGGCUCGCACGCGAGGGAACGGACUGAGGCGGAGGUCCAGCUCGCUUCGCCUUCAUCCUCCAAGGCAUCUCGACACGCCUCCAAGCCGAGGGAGCUGGCUUCGCCUUUGGGAGCGACGAGUGCCUUGCCCCCUGACAGGGCUAGGUCUCCAAAGCCCUCCUCAUCGGGAGCCGCCGCUGUCCUCUUGGACCUACCGGAGAACCCCUUCUUCCCGCCGGAAGAGACCCCGAGAUCGGGAAAGAAGAGACACCACAAGGAGGCUGAUCGGGACCCCGCACCCAAAAAGUCCAAACGGUCAAAGGAACACACCGGGACGAACUUGCCCUCCAAGGCAAAAGACAAGAAGCGCUCCCCUUCGAAGAAGGCCUGCGCUCCUGCUGUUCUUCCCGGUCCGGGGCCCGCUCCUGAGGUACAACUGGUUCCGGUACCAGACACGCCAGCUCAACCCACCAUGGACUUCGUCCACGAGGUGGAAGGCGCCACCCCCUCCUCCCUUCCUGGGGAACUGCCACCGCUGUUCCCCCACUCCGAGGAUGAGGAAGAUGGAGACGAGGUCUGUAGACACGAAGCCCCGGACCUGUUCUUUGACUCCGAGACGGGCCGGUACUUUAUGUCCGUCCCGAGGGAUGUGGCCUUCAAGGAGUUCACCAGGCUCAACCCUUGCCCUGCUGACCCGCUGGAGGGCACGUCUGCCCAGGCGAUCCCGAGUGUUUCGGUUAUGGAGAAGCCUCCAUCGUCACCCCGCCGGCGCUCUCACUCCUCGACAGGCCCCAUCCCGGUUCGGCCGAGAUCCCAGGUCAGGGUUCCGGACAUUCCUCUCACCUCUGACACGGACUCUGAGGACGAGCCCCUGCCUCCAUCCGACGUCCCCUCGGACGAUGACGACCUCUCGGCGUCUGCUUCCCCGCAGAGGAUGCACCACCCGAAACCUUCUUCCCCAUCGGAUGACGUGUGCUCUUUCAGUGAGCACAUCGUGAAUAUGGCCAGGGCUCUCGACAUCGAGCUCUCCUUCCCGGAGGACGAUGCCCGCGACCCGGUGGAGCGUCGAGUGCACGGACGGGUGCCCACAUCACCUUGCAUUCCCCUGCUUCCGUCCUUGGAGACCAUAGUCCGGAGGUCCUGGGACUCCCCGACCUCCCUGUCUGGCUCAUCCCGCAAGGUUGAGUCCCUCUACAGGGUCGUUCCGGCAAGCUGCACCUGAUUGGCCGACCAACCCAAGCCGAACUCGGCAAUUGUGGAAGGAGCCCAGCACAGCUUCGUCCCGAAGCAAGCGACCUCCCCCGUCGACCGGGAGGCUAAGAAAGUGGAUGGCCUGGCCAAGAAGGCCUACUCGGCAGCGGCCCUUGUGGUGAAGGCCAUCAACUAUAACGCCUGCAUUGGGGCCUACAUACAGACUCUUAUGGAGCGGAUCUCCCCCCUCAUACCGGACAUCCCGGAUGAGAUCCAGAGACAGCUGGUCGAGGUCAGGGACGAGGCCCACUCCAUCGGGAGUUGGCUCAUCACCGCCUCCAGGAACAUGGCUGACUGUGCGGGGAGGGCCAUGUUGGCAUCGAUGGCACUCCGACGAUACGCCUGGUUGAGGGCCUCGGACCUCAACCUUAGCGUCAAGGCGGCCAUCGAAGACAUGCUGCUUGACGGGACCGGACUUUUCCAUGCCGAAACCGACGACCGCCUGAACAGGAAGUUCAGGAUGAAGGCGGCGGCGAAGAAGCAUGGGAUGUCCUCCGCAUCCGUCUCGCCAUUCCGGAAGCGGCAGCACCCGUGGCAGCCACAAGGUCAGUCACAGGGGACCUUCUCCCAGGAUCGACAGUCUCAGCAACAGGGCUCCCAGAGACGUCGCUACCCCUCGCAGUCUUCCUCCUCCUCUGGCCGUCGCAACUUCC